AUGGUAUAUAAAAUUGUUUUAUUACGUCACGGUGAAUCAGUAUGGAAUCAAGAGAAUCGUUUCACUGGAUGGACUGAUGUAGAUCUCUCUGCCAAGGGUGUCGAAGAAGCUAAGAAGGGUGGUGAAACCUUGAAGCAUGAGGGUUUCACUUUCGAUCUUGCAUACACUUCGGUUUUGAAGCGUGCCAACCGUACCCUCGAUAUUGUGCUCGAUGUUCUCGGUGAGAGCGACAUCCCAGUCGUAAAGUCUUGGCGUCUCAACGAGCGUAUGUACGGUGAUCUCCAAGGUCUCAACAAGAGCGAGACUGCCUCUAAAUACGGAGAACCACAAGUUCUCGUUUGGCGUCGUUCCUACGACGUCCCACCACCCGCUCUCAAGUCGGACGACCCACGUUCGCCAGCACUCGAUCCACUCUACAAGGACGUAGACCCAGCGCUUCUCCCACUGACCGAGUGUCUCAAGGACACCGUUGCACGUUUCCUCCCGUUCUGGACAGAGACUGUCGCACCAUCGAUCAAGCAAGGCAAGAAGGUAAUCAUCACUGCCCACGGUAACAGUAUCCGUGCACUCAUCAUGUACUUGGACAAGGUAUCAGAGUCAGACAUUGUCGGAAUCGAGAUUCCAACCGGUAUUCCAUUGGUCUACGAACUCGAUGAGAAUCUCAAGCCAAUCAAACACUACUAUUUGGCCGAUCCAAAUGCUUUGGCCGCUGCCCAACAAGCCGUUGCCAACCAAGUUGUUCAACAUUGA